AUGCAACAUUAUGUGAUUAUUGCGGCCGCAAAUGAUGCUACACAAUUCAACAGUGGCUCUUUGGUUGAUGGUGUAACAAAAGGAUUUAGAAAUCGCAUGCGUUCACCUAAAAUCUCCAGUAUACACAAUGUCCAAACUGUAUCCAAAAGUCUACCAAAGAGUCGUGUUGCUUUGGAGUCAGCAGUAGCUGCUGAUAAUCAAACAAAUAUUAUAGCACCAGCUGGUGGUAAAUUUGAAAUACAUAGUGUUUCGGGUGAACCCAACUAUAAGUAUGUGAACUUGACUUGGGAAGUGGAAUUUGUUGGAUCCGCUGAUGCAGAUGCUAUAACAAAUAGCAGCGCCGAAGUAGAACCACCCUCAUCAUUUCAGGUGUUCUUUUGUGAAAUACAAUCGUUUGGUCCACAUCGCUGCAGAUCUAAAGUUGUAAAUGGUUCUACUUCUUUACAAAUGUAUGAUAAUACGGACAAUGAUUUGGAAGUAGUAGAUAAAAUAAGACAAGUGCGCCAAUAUAUGACCCAAGUUGAUAACCUUAGAAUGGCCACCAAAUAUAGUUUUCAUAUACGCUCCCUGCCCAAACAUAAAAACAUGAAGGUAACAGGACGUUCUGAAAUCUUUAAUAACGAAAUUGAGGGUGAAGAUUUCCUAAGUAAUAAUAUGGUUCAGGGACAAACUAUUGUUGUACCCACUAAAGGAUUUUCAGCCCAAGCUACUAGAUGUUUACCUACCGCUUCCGAAAUUGAGGUCGAAACUGGUCCAUAUUUUGGUGGCAAAAUCGUGGUAGAUGGCGGCAAUUGUGGUAUUAAGGGUGAUCCUAAUGAUGCCAAAGAUAAAUAUGUUAUGCGUAUUGAUCAUAAAGCUUGUGGCAGUAUGGUUAAACCGGAAACGAAUACGGUGGAAACCUUUAUAACGGUACAGGAGAAUUUGGGCAUAUUUACUCAUAGUACAAGAAGAUUUGUAGUAGUUUGCAGUUAUCAAUCUGGUUUACAAACGGUACGAGCCAGUUUCUCAGUGCCCGGACGUGGUGGUGCCUCUGCGGUACAACAAGAUCAUUACGAUGAAGAGGAACGAAUGGGUAGAGGUUUAAAGCCCAUGCGUUAUGUAGACAAAAGUGAAUUGGUGUUAAAAGAAACAACAGAAAACAAUGAAGAAGGGGCAUCAGAAGAAACUCAAGCCAUGGUUGAAGAAAUGGACAAACCAACAAUAAAUUAUAAUAACAGUCUUCAUGAUGAUGCUUCUCUGGUCGCAACGGAUGAUGAUACAACAAAUGCAGUUGCAACAUUGGAAAAUAUAAUACCGGGCAUAAAUGAAGAACACAUUAAACAUCAACAACAACAAACGGAAGUCAAUGAAAAUGAAGAACAAAAUGAACAGCAAGAGGAAGAAAGUGAGCUAAAACACAGUAUAGAAUACAGUGAAGGCAGUGGUGUGGCGGCCACAACUAAUGUCAAUGAUGAAGCUAACAAUGAUAGUGAAGAUGAGGAAGCAGAUGUUGCUGCUGCUAAUACGGUCGAUAUUGAGGCUAAACAUGGUCAACAACAAUUUUCAGCCAAAUUUGCCAAACUAACAUUAGAUCGUAAUGAAAAUGAGCUAGAGGAUGAAGAUGAUAGUGAUGAUUUUGGAGCCACACCCACAGGGCGAGGUUUUGGUUCUGGUUUCGAAUUAAUUUCUCUCAACAUGGGCAGUGUCAUGUUGACGGUUUUAUUAUCUGUGAUAUUAAUUGGUAUUUUCAUUUAUGUUUUAUAUCGCGAAACAAAUUUACCACCUCCCAUAACAUCAGCAUCAUCUACUACUUCGCUUAGCGCCUCUAACAGACAUCAUCUUCAUCAUCACCAUCACCAUCAGCACCUGCACGAACUGGACGACACUUUACCCAGAACAUUAAAAACCAAAAAUCAGGAUUUAUUGGCUUAACAUUAGAGAAGCCUUGUUUACAAUUAUCUUUUAUAUAUAUGAUCGUAUUUUUAAAGCAAUUUUUAUAAUGUUUUAAUAACUUUCCCGCUUUUUUUUUUUUGGUGAAACUAACUACGCUUUAUUGUCUUGCUGAAAUCUUGCUAAAUAUGAAUUUAAUUCGAAUCGAAUCGAAUUGAAUUUUAGUUAAAUAUUUCAUUUCAAAACGACUAAGCGUAGGCAUCGUGAUGCAAAUUUUCCUCCUCCUCUAAUACGUAUUCUUAUUUUUAUAAAAUAAACACAGUUAAUACUCGUAGCAAAGACAUCGUGUUAAAGAAGAUUGUUUAAAGAAAAUACUAGUUGAGUUUAUGGGAAAAUCGUAACAGAAAAGGAAGAGGAAUUCCAAAGUACCGUCAAUCGCUCAUCUGAUUAUAUAAGGUCCUGCGAGCCAUUUGACUUUUGCUAAUUUGAAAUUAUAAAAAUAUUAACUGACAAUUUGGAAGUUCCGUUAGAUUCAAUAUAUCUCUCAAGUUUCUACGAAUAAUUCGAUUUUCUGCGAAAAAAAUGGUCCUUCGAAAUGACUACAUUAUCGAACAAAAUAUAUCAAUUCAAAGAUUAAUGAGUUCAAAAAGUAUUUCUUCUGCAUCAACUGAUCUUUCUCAAUCAGUUCAGUUUCCAGUUCAGUUCCAGUUCAGUUCUAGUUCAGUUCUAGUUCAGUUCUAG